AGUGAAGAAAAUGCAAAAAGAUUAUAAAUAAAAGUCUUAAUGUUACGAAAUUAAGAAUUAACGGGCAAGCGGAUGUUAAAAACUAUACCUUACUGUCUGUAUUCGUGACGUGUGCCGAUAACAAAAAAAAAAGAAAUUUCCAAAAAGACGAUUGUUGUUUGAUUGAAUAUUCAUUUCCAAUCAAAAAAGUAUUGAUUGGAUAAAAAUGGACCAGGAAAAUAUUUUCUCUAGUGUCGAAGAAGAGUGUUUGUAUUGGAAGGAAAGGUGUUUGAAGUUAAAACAGGAACGUAGUGAUGUACAAAGAGAAUUUGAUGAUUUCACCGAGGAGUCACGGCAGCUGGAAGCGGAACUUGAGAUGACGGUCGAACAACAGGAGAAAAAGAUACGCGAUUUAAAUCAACUUGUAAGUCAGCUUCGGGUAGAGUGUGAGUCAUAUAAACGGAAGGCGACGAAUACAGAAAAUGAAUCCAACAAAAUUGAUGCUGAUUAUAAACAGCUGAUGAAAGAAAAUGAAAAGUUCAAGGUUUAUAUCCGUGAGCUAGAGCAAAAGAACGAUGACUUGGAGCGGGCUAACCGGGUGGCAAGCGAAAGCGUAGCAGAAUUCGAAUCAAUGCUCAAUCAGGCGUACGAGAAAAAUGCUCUUCUGGAACUAGAGGUAGACGAGAAAGAACGUAUGCAAAUUAAGCUACAACGUUUAAUGGACGAAGCGCGCGACUUGAAGCAAGAAUUAAAAGUAAGAAACUUUCCAAAAUUGGAGCCAGAUGAUGACACGCCGACUGAUAUAAAGGAUCUCGAAGAUAAAAACACGGAGGGUUCAAGCGACACAAAAUUUACGACACUGAACAACACCACCGCAAAUCUAUGCCUCAAUACAAACAAACUAGAAAACAUAAACAAUAAUAUCAACAGCAACAAGAAGUCGGAUGGCAUUAUUGUAGCCCUAACGAAAUCUACCAGUAAACUUGACUUGGAAUCCAUGCCCGGAUCCCUAGAUAAUGUCGUAACUCACAUUGACGAAGAUACUCUCCAGCAAAAGCUAAUUAUCGAACGCAACGGAAACAUUAAUGCUACAUCUGCGUUGAUUCCCAGUGUUUUAAACGCGCCAAUGGCCCCGAGUGAUCGUGUGUCUACAUUGAGCAUCGUUGCGGACCUACUUCGGCGGCUAGAUAACAUGGAAGCAAAGUUAAAAGCCUGGAAAUGUCGCAAGCCAUCGUCUCGCACCAAUCUUGCGUCAAGUGCAAACCAUCGACACAGUCACAGCCAGUUGAAUCAUCAGCUUCAACAUCUUCAUUCCUCACAGCAUCAACUGCAGAGUUCCACGGCUGCAGCUGGCGGGAUGACCGGAGGGACGCCCGGUGACAGUAAUGUUUCGCUCAAUUCCGUUGGCAGUGGAGACAGCUGUUGCAAUGUUCAGCUGCACUCGUACCAGCCGGGAAUGUCCACCAUCGGUACGCAAACCUCCCACCAGCAGCAACAGAAUCAGCAGAAAGCCGAACUUCGGACGAAUAAAUAAAAAACCAUCCUCUCUCACACUCUUUUACUGUUAUGCGUAUACAGUGUAUUUUUUUAAUUAAAUUAUUUAAUUUAAUGGCUAAUAAUUUUAAAUAAGUUUCUUCUAUGUGUGUGUUUGUACAUAUGUGUGUAGAAGGGGAUUAGAGAGGUGCGGUAUGAAAUGAACUACUUGAAUAACGUAUAUUUUGAAACGUGUUGAACGAAUUCAGAAAUUGAAAGUUAUGAUAUUGUACAAUUGUAUUCAAUUUACAUUGAUUCAGCUGGAAAAGCACUUUUUUCUUAAACAGCCUUCGUCUAUAUUUUUCGAAAGACUUUAAAUAAAUUUAAUAAAAAGCUGAUCGUAUUCAUAUGCAGAGGUGCAAAAUUAGAACGUAGAUUGAUCGCACUUUCCUGAAUGUAUACACUGUGUAACUCGCUUUAUAGGACAUUAUCAGUAAAUUCAGAGGCACUCUAUCUGCUGCAGCUUCUAGCAAACAAAUCACUAAAAACAGGUGGUAACAAUACAAAAGAAAAAAAGAUUCAACAUAGUAGAGUAUAAAAAUGCAUAAAGCUUGUUAUCUAUCUUAAUUGCGUAAUAGGGACAGUUAUUUGGCAACAAAAAACAGAACUCAUCAAACUGUAUGCAUAGCAGAUACUAGUUGACAUUAAUACAAUGACAGUGUAACCUUAACGAACGAAUGUUAAAUAC